UAAGUUAUUUACAGAAACAAGUGCCUGUGGAAAUGCUGUGCGAUUACAGGCCACAAGUUGUUUUCCAAGAUUUCAAUGUACUUGUGCCUGUUUUAUCCAUAUGCAGUCAAAACUGCCAUAGCGACCCACUGUAUUGAUAAUUAAGCGGCUCACUCGUAUGUGACCAUAAAAAGUCCCCCCCCCCCAAAGACGUUACUCUAUAUAUUGUACUUGUAUUAAACGACCACCUGUCUGACGCGACCAACGACCAUGAUUUUUACAACCUUUUCGUGUAUUUUCACGAAAUUUUACCUCUAUUUUAACGACUUCACAUUUUUCAAUUACAACGUGUUACUACUUUCGAUUUCGGUUGAGCCGACUAUUCUGGGAAUUAUCGCCCCUAACACUUUCGUUUUCAAACGGACGAACGCACACGGCGCAUUUGUUUCAUCACCCGGGUCAAGCCGGUUGAUACUUCUGGAAACAGGUAUGGAUGGAAAUAAAGAAGAGCAAGAGUCAAAGAAAGACAAUGCACAUCCGAGAAAUGCACAGAAAAUGAAGAAAAAUUCCACAGAACUUCAAGCAGCAGUUUGUGAUUCGGAUUCGUGUGAAUGCCAUUGUGAAGACAAACAUGUCAACUUAAAAGAAGGAUCCAGAAGAAAAUCCAGAAGUGGAUCUAAUCCAACAAAGGCACAGAAUAACCUGAAGUCCAAUGUAAAGGUCAGGAAAACGUUAACAGUGCCGUGUUCAUCAUCAGAAGCCUGUGAAUAUGACAGAGAAAAUGGUGAAGAUGAUGAAGACGAUGAAGGGGAGACAACUCAGAGAGAGCAUCCAGAGUUGUCUUCCUUGCUCCAUGACUUGUGUAAUUCUAAGUUUGGUAACAACUCAAAUGAAAGCAAACUGAAAUCUCAGCAGAAAAACCAAAGGGAUCCAAGAACGCUGAGACCUAAUCAGAAGUCAACAGGCGCUGAUCAUGCUGAUGAGAUUCAGACAUCACAAUCCACGUCUCAUGAAGCCGAGACCACCGGACAGACCUGUGACUUUCUCUCAGGGCUGCAUUAUGCUAUUCCAUUUCUGUCUGACCGGCUGAGAUCAAGUUUGUUCAGCAGGCUGAGAUGUCAUUCAGAGCCCAAGGACAUGGGAGCAGUCAAUCAGCACGAUCCGAAGACCCAAGACAACAAUCCGAAGACCCAUGAAGAAACUUACCACAGUGAUUCCUACCACAGCAACGACAGUGAAAGUUUUCCAUUGGAAGGAUACCCUUGCUCCCAGAACCAGCAUCUACCUCUGUAUUGUCAUGGCAUCCCAUCACCAUGCCAACAGGCCGACUGUGACCAUGACAACAACAUUAACCAGCCCUGUAAAUGUGACUGUCAUGUCAAUGAAACUCUGUCAUCUUGUAAAAAAUUUGAUGAAUGUGAAUGCGAUUCACAAACUUUGAUAGGCUCUUUACCAAGUCAAUUUGAGCAACCUUCUUGUUCUAGUCACUUUUAUAAUGGUCCUUGCAAUCUUGAAAGCAGCCAUCUUGAAAGAGGUGCGUCUAGAGAAAAUUAUUUUUCUGUUUACCAUGGUGAGGAUGGGACCAUGAUACCAUGUGACAAUGAUUCAGAAUCCUGUGGUGUUUGGGAUUACAAUGAAGAACUUUGUGCACAUGAUGGUCACAACAGCGAUGAUGUUGACAUCGGCAACACCCCAGAAAUCCCCGAGGACCAUCACAGUAUGCCUCACUCUGAAAACAGUAUAUUCAGAGGACAGUUUUCCUCCCCAUUCUCAGAUGAGGGGAUUGAGGAGUCCAUGGCAAGGAUUGUGGAAGAAAUGGGGAAAAUUGAUGUACUGGGGCAGAUGUUGGAGGACGAGGAUGAUAUGUCCAGUGAUUGUUCUGACUAUGUCCCUGACCUAUUUUCAAGUCUGAGUUCUGACAGUUGCCAGGCAGAUGACGAGUUUGAGUGUGACUGUGGACACUGUGAAGGGUCAGGGCCGGGUCACCAUGACAACUGCGCUGACCUAGAUUGGCAGAUAGCUGGGAGAUUGGAGAGUCAUGGCAUGGGAACUAAUUCAAGUGUUCAAAAUAGGUCACUUGUUGAACCUUCACAUGAUAGUAUGCCUGUAGGAGUGUCUGUGACCUCUGAACUUGAAGAUGAUGACAUCGAGGAGGGUGUGUAUCAGAUCAGCCUGCUGCCUCCUUUGGAUACCCAACAGUUAGAGACCAUGUUUGAGGCUAUGAUAGCUCAGCUACAAGAAAUCAAUCUAGCAGAAGAAGCUCCGCCUCCUGCCUCCACAUCAACCAUUCAGAACCUUCCUUACAGCACAGUUACUGCCCAGCAAAUUGAUGACCUUGCACCCUGCUCUAUAUGUUUGUCCUCCUUUGUUGACAUGGAUACCAGCUCACACCUGCCCUGCAAUCAUCUGUUUCAUCUUCACUGCAUUAAAGCCUGGCUAGUAAAGUCUGCGACCUGUCCGGUCUGUAGGUGUCGUGUACAGCCACAGUCAGGUCCAUAGAAACAGGAAGUGAGGUCAUCUCAUCAGCAUGUGUGUGGAGUCGCCAUUAGAUCCAUAGAAACAGGAAGUGGGGUCAUCUCAUCAGCAUGUGUGUGGAGUCACAGUCAGAUCCUUAGAAACAGGAAGUGAGGUCAUCUCAUCUGCAUGUGACCCCACAGUAUAUGUAAUAUUAGGCCAAAAUGUAGAUUGCUUGUGAUUUCUUGCAAAAUAUGUACGAAUCUUGCCUGGUUUUUGGUUUUUUUUUUAAAUAAUUAUAUAAUUCUGUAAAAGCAAUUAUUUUUGUGGGGCCAAAUUUUGGAUGUUUGAGAAAAAUCAGCAUGCUUGUGGGGAAAACUUUGAAAAGUAGUUAUUCUGUAUAAAUACAUUACGGUCUGUCUUGUUCAUGGGGGAUUGGAAUGGUGAGAAUGCCCAUACCACAAGAACAAUGAAAAUGAACCACUCAUGAAAAUCGAAUGAUUUUACUGCAAGCUCGACAGAUAGUCGUUUGAUGUAAAGAUGCUUACUUCUGAUUAUGUAAUAACUGCUGUCAUUUCUCUAUGUAAAAAAAUUUUCAACACAUCUUAUUUUCACCCAUACACAAUGGAGAAUAUCUAAAAUUGCCCCGAAUUAAUUCUUGUUACUUUAAAGUAAUGAAGGAAUUUCACAGGGUUUUUUUCCCAAACGGAAAGAUUAUCGCUUAAGAUUGAUGUUAAAUGACUAGGGCAAGGGGCCUUUUUUAUUUUGUUAUAUAGGAAUACAAUGUACAAUAACCCAUCACAAAGGCUUAGAUAAUAAACAUUAUAUAGGGCAUCAUCGUACAAAAUUGUUUAUCUAGAGAUUUGUGAAAAGUGUUUGUAUAUCUUAUUGAAUCCUAUGAAAAUCACCAGUUUUGUUUGGGCAAAUAACAAAAAAGAAGCAAUUUUUAAAGAUGCUCCUGAUGAAAAUUUAAAGUAUUCCAAACCACUGUGAAAAAAGAUAUAUGUCAUGAGACAAAAUCUAAUGUUAAAAAAAUUCAGUCUCAGGGGAGAUGAUUCUUUUUUAAAAGGAUAAAAUCUCAGAAUAUUUCAAUAAUGAGUACCAAGCUGGAUAAAUUGAAUUGCCAAGUAUGCAAUUUAACAAUUGAUGAACUGCAUUAAGAGUGGAAUUUUGCCUAUUACACAGUGAAUAACUUUAUGUAUUGUGUGAGCAGUCCAAAAAGAGCUCGUUACUUUACAUGUGUAUUGACAACGACCAAAUGUUUUGUUACAGUACAUGUAUGUGAUACUACGUUUUAAAACCUUUGUUUGUUAUAUGGCUGGGAGUACUUGUAGACGUGUGCAAUAGAUAGACUUGUUGUUAUGAGUAUAUGAUAAUAACACAGAUAUUUUAUUGGUAGAAAAGAGUGUGUUGCUUAUAUUUUAGAAUUGUUCUAUGAUGAACAAGAAGUAUAUGGAGGUUUCAGCUUCAUUUCUUUUAUUACGUUGUAUAUAGAUCUGUCUAACCGUCAUGUUUCCUAAUGCGGACUAGAUCAUCAGCUCUCCAGUAAGGGGGGGGGGGGGGGGGGGCAGGAACAAGGGAACCUCCCCUCCUCACUGCCUCCACCCCUCCCUCCACUCAUUUUACACUCUCCUUUACAUUUAAAGUCUCUAUUUAAUGUGCAGUGAAUCAAAUUUCUUAAGGCUUUUAUGUAAUGGGGUUAAACAAAAUUGCAAAAUUUGAAAAAGAAAAAAAAAGGAAAAAAAGAAUGGAAGACUGGGUUGAAAUAUACACGUACAGUGAAACUGAUUGUGGAGGUGCUGGAUUAGACACUGUACAGCACAAAGCAUGGCUAAACUAUAUAAAAAAAAAUACAUUUACAUUAGAACAUGCAUGUAAUUCAUCAAUUGAAUGGUAUCAUUAUUUUUUGUAAAAUUUCAAAAAAUAAGCCCAUGUAAUGAACUUUAAUUUGAAGGGAAAACAAUGGAUGCUUUAUUGAAAAUAUUCCCAGUUUUGUCUAUAGCCUUUUUACCACAUCUGGAGUACACAUCUUUUUUAACUAGAAAGUAAAGGCACAACUUGAAAGAAAUUUUAAAAAGUGAAUAUUAUACAUAAAUUCAAAUUAAAUUUGAUGAAAAUGUUUUUCGAGUAUAAUUUUAUGAUCAGUCUGUAUACAUGUAGGUGUAUAUGCAGUAGUUGUUUUGUAAAAGAAUCUUUGUAUUGCAUAUCAAUUGUGUCAUGUUUAAAGUUAUUUGUUUUAUUAUUUGUUGUUUACAUUUGUCCUAUGAAUUUGAACUGUUUGGAACUCAGAUUUUUUUUCCUAUUGUAUGCUUAACAGUCUCGAUUCAAUGUAAUUUGUAUAAUCUGGGAAGUCUGUCAAAAUGUUGUAGUGUCUCAUUUAUUUCUUUCAUAUCACUCAUCACUAUUUAUUCCUUCUACUUCCAUUUUGAUAUUAAAAAAUGGCUAUACAAAGA